CUCCUCCUCCUUUCUUCUUCGUCUCUCUGUUUCCUUCAUCACUCCCCAGAAAACUGUCCUCCGGCGAACCUGAAACUCCCACAUGCUUCGUCCUCCAUGGACUCCAUUCUAAACUCAGCGAUCGAAGAAAUCUGCUCGCACCUCCAAAACGGCCUCUCUCUCCAGACCCUCUGGUCCCGACUCUCCUCCUCCUCCUCCUCCAACCUCGACCUCUCUCCCACCCUCAAACAAUCCCUAUGGGACGCCCUCCGCUCCGUCCCCACUCUCAAAUUCCGCGCCCAAAAUGACCAUUACGCCCCCGCCGACCCUUCCAUUCACUCCUUCCAAGACUCCGAGAAGCUCAAUUUGAAGCUCGUCGCCGAUGAGGCCCUCCGGAACAACUUCAUGGGCCUCUACAAUGUCGACUCCGUCAAUGCCAACCUGUCUGCCGUUCAACGCCACACUCUCGAACGCGUCGUCAUGGCUAGGGGGAAUGGGAUUACACAAACUCAGCUUGCUAAGGAGCUUGGCAUUGAGGGGAGAAACUUUCAUUAUGCUGUGAAGAACCUCGAAUGUCAAGGGUUACUUGUACGGCAAUCUGCGCUGUUAAGGACAAAAGAAGCUGGUGAUGAGGGGGAGCCGAGGAACAAUCCAAGCGUGACAACGACCAAUAUGUUAUACUUGUAUCGACAUGCAAAGCAUUUAAGCGCGCAACAAAAGAUUGAGAUCACAAAUGAAGAGAGGGCUAAGGAGAGUUUUGUAAAUGUAAAAGAAAGCCCUGCAAGUGGAGAUGGUUUUGCUGGAAAUGUGCUCGUAAAGGACUAUCUACCGGCAAUGAAAGCAGUCUGUAAUAAACUUGAAGAAGCCAAUGGCAAGGUUCUUGUCGUUUCGGAUAUUAAGAAGGAACUUGGCUACAGUAAAACAUCGGGGCAUAGAGCUUGGAGAAAUAUUUGUCAGAGGCUGAAAGCUGCUCAUCUUGUGGAGGUGUUUGACGCUAAAGUGAAUGGGAAGGUUGAGAGUUGCCUGCGUUUUGUAGAAAAUUCUUCUCCAACGAAAGUUGAGCCAAGAGAAGUUGUACAUGUAGAUAAGGAUUUUGUUGAAGAACAACAAGUGAAAUUCGGAAAGAAAUGUAAAAUCAGUGACCACCUUGUAGAGCUUCCUAUUGAGCAUCAAAUUUAUGAAUUAAUAGAUGCUGCAGGAUCAGAGGGGUUGACCAGGAAUGAGGUUAUGGAGAGGCUUGGAAUUGACAACAAGAAAAAUUAUACCCGCUUUGUUAGUAUGUGCUCUAGAUAUGAUAUGAGUCUGCAACCAGAAAUGCACAAAAAAGCCGUGGCAUAUCGAUUUCGGACAUCUGGGAAACACAAGUCUGAAUCAACUAAUGCAUUUCUUCGAAAAUCAAAAGAUGCUAAUGACAGUAAAAUUUCUAUUCUAAAUGUUGGGAGUGUAGAUGCUCCGAGAUCAGAUCAAUUUCAAACUGGCUCAGUGUCAGAUUGUUGGUCUCUGAACAGUGAUACUGCUGGCCCUGAAAAUAUGAAUAACAUAGAGACUAAUACUGACCCUUCUGCUGGAUCUCUUGGGCGUAAUGAAUUUGACGAUAUGCCUGAAACUUCCCAACUGUUACUUCUUGGACCAAAAGAUGCUACAUCUGAUUCUCAAGUUAGUUUAGUGAGCGCAGGAGUGGAACCAAAUGGCGCCUUAUCAGAAAUACCAGCUGCUUUGUCAAAGCCACUUGCUAAAGGCUCAGAUCCAAGGUAUCCAUGUAUGUCUUUGACCGUGGAUAACACUCGAAGGGAAAAGAGGAUACUUGAACGGCUAGAGGGUGAGAAGUUUAUUUUAAGAGCUGAGCUGUAUAGAUGGCUUGUGAGCUUAGAGACGGACAAGUGCACAGCAACUGACAGGAAAACAAUUGACCGAAUUUUACAAAAACUUCAACAGCUAGGGCACUGCAAGUGUAUAGAUAUUAGCGUCCCUGUCGUCACAAAUUUGGGCCGUACCCGAACCACUGUAGUGGUUCUGCACCCAUCUGUUCAGAGUUUAACUCCUGAACUUGUUUCUGAAAUUCAUGAUGCUUGGAGGUCUUUUGAGAUUCAAAGUCGUGGCAAGUGCUCAUCUCGGUGGCGGGAGAAGAACAGUGGAUCAGUUCCUGUACUAGAAGAUGUUCAGAGAACUCAGACCCAUGUGAGUGCACAGCGACAAACACUGAGUUCAGAAGCCAUGCGUGCUAAUGGAUUUAUUCUGGCAAAAAUGGUUCGUGCAAAAUUGCUGCAUAGUUUCCUGUGGGAUUACCUGUAUGGUUCGUCUGGCUCUAAUGAUGCUUUAUCAUUUGGAAAAGAUGUUAUUGAGCCAAGAGAUCCUCACAGUACUAGAAAAUUGUUUUCUCUAGAAGCAACAAUGAAGGCUAUUCCAGUUGAGUUGUUUCUACAAGUUGCAGGAUCCACCAAAAACUUUGAGGAUAUGAUUGAGAAAUGUAAGAGGGGUUUAUGUCUCUCUGAUCUCUCUCGUGAAGAAUACAAGUCUCUGAUGGAUACCCAUGCAACUGGAAGGCUCUCAUUGGUGAUUGACAUUUUACGACGAUUGAAGCUGAUUCGAAUGGUUUGUGAUCACCACUCAGAAAAUGGAUUCCAAGUUCCCCCUCCCAUGAUUUCUGCAUAUGCAUUGGAACUUAAGCCUUAUGUAGAGGAACCUGUUUCAAAAGAUGCGAUAUCUUUGAGUUUUGGAUCACGUGAUCUUCGUCCACGAAUCAGACAUGAUUUUUCCCUAUCAAGCAGAGAAGCUGUUGAUGAGUAUUGGCAAACUUUAGAGUAUUGUUAUGCUGCUGCGGACCCAAGAGCUGCCUUACUUGCAUUUCCUGGGUCUUGUGUUCAUGAGGUGUCCCAUCACAGGUCAUGGACUAAACUUGGAGUUAUGACAGCUGCUCAGCGUGAUGAGCUCUUAAAGCGUGUUGUGAAGGAUGAUCCAAGUGAAAAGCUUUCAUUCAAAGAGUGUGGAAAAAUUGCGAAGGAUCUCAAUUUGACCCUGGAGCAGGUGCUUCGUGUGUAUUAUAAUAAGCGGCGUCAACAUCUUGAUGGGUUGCAAAAUAAUACAGAUGAAGUUCAAUCUAAAAAACGUAGACGUCGUAAAAGGAAGAGAUCUUCUGAAUCUAGGUCAGUAGAUUUUGCUGAAAAUGAUGAGGUAACUGGACAGCUGGAAGAGCAGACACAUCCCACAGUAUCUGAUACUGUGGAACAAUUAGAAGAACUAAAUCUCUUGGUCACUUCUUAUGAGCAUGAUUCACAUUUGCAAGCAUUGGACAAUUGUCUAGAAACUGGGCAGGAACCUGAACCAAAUGAAGAUAAUGAGGGGUGCCAUUCAAUUAUUACCAAGGGUUCCUUUUCAAAGUUGAAGCCACUACGUCCUUCUAAAAGAAACAAGUUGCACUCAACACGUCAACGAAGGUUUUCAUGGACAGAGGAGGCUGAUAGGCAGUUGAUUAUCCAAUAUGUAAGACAUCGUGCAACUCUUGGGGCAAAGAUUCACCGGAUAAAUUGGGCUUCAGUUACUGACCUCCCAGCACCUCCUAUUGCCUGCAUGAAAAGAAUGGCAUCUCUGAAAAGUAACAGAAAGUUCAGAUUAGCUGUAAUGAGGCUUUGUAACAUUCUCAGUGAACGAUAUGCAAAGAUCUUGGAAAAGACUCAGAACAGGUCACUGAACAAAGAUGAUUGCAAUCUGCUUUUGCGAGAUUCAAUAGGUGAAGGUCAUGACAGCAAACUUCCCAAUAUCAGUGAUCAUAAUCCAGAGACAGGUCUUCAGGAAGAACCAUGGGAUGAUUUUGAUGACGCUUAUGUUAAAAAGUCCCUUGAGGAGGUACUUCACCACAAGAGGUUGGCCAAAUUUGAUGCCUCCAAAAGAGUUGGAUCUACCGGUGAGGACUGGUCGGAUCUUAAUACAAGUGAAUGUGAUCCCCAGGAAUCUGAAUUAAUUGCAUCAACUGCUCCAUAUGAAGAUGUUCAGAAUCUUGGUGGCAGAGAAAAAAUUUCGGCACGAAGAUCUUGCUAUCAACACCUUAAUGAAAAAUACUUUAAGCUUUUGCAUGGAGUUGAUGUCAGUACACAAGUCUACAAAUCAUUAGCUGUUUCUAAUGCUGUAGAGCUGUUUAAGCUUGUUUUCCUCAGUACCUCAACUGCACCAGAAGUGCCAAAUCUGCUUGCAGGCAUUCUACGGCGGUACUCAGAGUGUGAUCUAUUCGCAGCUUUCAACUAUCUUAGAGAUAAAAAGUUCAUGGUUGGAGGUAAUGGCAGUCAAAAAUUUUCUCUCUCACAACAGUUCUUGCAUAAUACUUCCGCAUCACCAUUUCCAAUUAAUUCUGGGAAGAGAGCUACUAAAUUUGCCCAUUGGCUCUACGAAAAAGAUAAAGAUCUUAUGGAAGGGGGGAUCGAUCUCUCCACAGAUUUACAGUGUGGGGACAUAUUCCAUUUGUUUGCUCUAGUUUCUUCAGGUGAACUGUCAAUUUCUUCAUGCUUGCCAGAUGAAGGUGUGGGAGAGGCUGAAGAAUCAAGAAGCUCAAAACGUAAAGCAGAUAUCAAUGAACUUUUAGAUGAUGAAAAAACUAAAAAGCUGAAAUCAUUUGUGGCUGCAGAAGGUGAAAUCAUUUCCCGUCGAGAAAAAGGUUUUCCAGGUAUCACGGUAUCUGUAAGUCGUGCAGAGUUUUCUAUAGCCAAUUCUAUAGAUUUGUUCAAGGAAGACGCUCCUAUUGGUGACAAACAUUUUGGGGGAAAUCAUCAACUAGAAUGUACAUCUGAUCAGAGUAGCUUAUCACAUUCUGACUGUAUGAAAGAAAUCUUCAAUUCAAGCAGUACUGUCCCUGUAUUAGAGAUUGGUUGCGAGUCACCUUGGGAAGGUAUGGUGGCUUAUGCCGAACAUUUGUUGCCAUUACAUCCUGCUCAAGAUCAAUCAAGUCCCAUCCAGCCUGAGGUCUUUAGGACUGUUUACAUUGCUAUUCAGAAAGCUGGCGAUCAAGGUCUGAGCAUAGAAGAAGUUUCCCAAAUAAUGAAUAUCCCAGGAGAAAAGAUGACUGAUCUUAUCAUUGAUGUGCUUCAGACAUUUGAACGAGUCUUAAAGGUCAAUGCUUAUGACUCUAUUCGUGUUGUGGAUUCUUUGUAUCGUGGCAAGUACUUUAUGACUUCAGUGUCUGGAAUUAAUCAAAAACUCGAACCACCUUCCUGGAGAAAGCCACUAGGCGAUGACGGCCAUAUACUCUUCCAUUCAGAAAAUCGUGAUAAUGGUGCUGCUCCUUCAGAGAGGGAGAUAAAUGCUGAUGUCCAUAAAUUGACAAUUCUUAAUUUUCCUGAAGAGGUUGAUGAGCCCUCAUAUGUAAAACAAAUUAGCAGUGUUCCUGAAAGCUAUAGGGAAGGAAAAGGAGGAGAUGCUGAGGAUGAAUCUUCUAGGACCUCUAAUGAUAGACUAUGCAUGCCUAUAUUUCCAUGGAUAAAUGGUGAUGGGACCACUAACAAGAUUGUCUACAAGGGACUCAGGCGACGUGUGCUUGGGAUUGUGAUGCAAAAUCCAGCUAUAUUAGAGGAUGAAAUUAUUCGCCGGAUGGAUGUAUUGAAUCCCCAGAGCUGUAGAAAAUUGUUGGAAUUGAUGGUUUUGGAUAACCAUCUUCAUGUGAGGAAGAUGCAUCAAACUACGUGCACUGGGCCCCCACCAAUUUUAGGUACCCUCCUUGGAAGCAGCUUCAAACCGUCAAAGCUGGUUUGUCGCGAGCACUAUUUUGCAAAUCCCAUGAGUACAUCCUUGUUGUAGGGACGAUUUAGCUGCGUAAGCUCUGUGUUAUCUAGAUAUAGGUCCAGGUCUUUUGUGGGUUAAGUUAACUGUAUAGGAUGGGUAGUUCCGUAGUUAUAGUUACUGGAACCAACUUGGCAAUCUCUGUACAGCUCUGCAAUGUGUAUCUUAGGUUCUUCUGAACCAGUAAUGUCUAUUAACAAGCAUUUUAGAUGCUGGCUUUGCAGUGUUGUACUAUCAUAUUGGUUUGAAUUCCCAUCGUUCUUUGGGGUAUCGAUCACCGAGAAUUUUUAAUUUUUAA